AUGCCUGCAUAUACCAAGCCCAGAGUCGUAUGUCUGGGAGAGCCUAAGUACAUAGGUGCCGAGUAUCUGGUGGAGUUCCAAAAGGACUUCAACUAUUCAGUGCUGUCUGCGACGAACCGGGCAGAGACUCAGGCGAUGCUCCCAGCAGAUAUUGCGGCAAACGGACCUAUCGAUGCAUUUAUUAUUCGCAUGGGAACUCCACCAUACGAGCCGUUUGACGCCGAGUUGUUGAAGGCUCUCGCCCCCGGCUGCAGGAUCAUCGCCUCCGCAAGUGCGGGUUACAAUGAGUUCGACGUGAAUUGGAUGGCAGAGCAGGGCAUUGUGUUUUGUAACACCGUCAACGCAGUGGCCGAGGCUACGGCUGACAUGGCUCUGUUUCUCACUCUGGCCGUGCUCCGGAACACUACCAAUGCAGAAAAGAGCGCCCGGAAUGGCACCUGGCGGGCCCCGACCGGAGGCACGCUCGUCCCUGCUCGCGAUCCGUCUGGACUGACCUUAGGUAUUGUUGGAAUGGGAGCAAUUGGAAAGUACCUCGCUACCAAGGCAGCUUGCUUCAAUAUGAAAGUGAAGUAUUACAACCGAACUCAACUGCCUUCUGUGGAGGAGACAAAAUAUGGUGCUACAUACUGCCAGACGUUGCAUGAGUUACUUGCUACAAGUGACGUUGUUUCGAUAAACUGUCCUCUCAAUGACCAAACCACCGGUUUGAUUGGAAAAGCCGAAUUUGCUGCAAUGAAGGAUGGCGUAUUCUUCGUCAACACUGCGCGGGGCCCAAUUGUGGAUGAGAAUGCCUUGAUCGCCGCCCUUGAGAGCGGCAAGGUCACUCGUGCUGGUCUCGAUGUUUUCGUGAACGAGCCUUCGCCAAAUACUUGGUUCCUACAAAGCGACCAGGUUAUCAUUCAGCCGCAUCUUGGGGGUCUGACCGACUCUGCGUUCCAGAAAGCUGAACGUGAGUGCUUUGAGAACAUUCGGGCCUUAUUGACAACGGGCAAGGCGAAUUCACCAGUGAAUGUAAGCAAGUCCAAAGUAUGA